UCAUCUCUGUGAUUUUAAGUUUCAAAGCUUCUAUCAGUCAAGGGUUUGGGUAAGGACUGUUCAUCUUUCCUUUCUAGUGUUACUCAAGAUUAUGAGAAUGGCAAAUAAACAUUUCUUUCAGCCUCUUCUUCCUGGCUUCCACACCCAUUUGAAAAUUCCUGUAGCUUUCUUCUCCAAGCAUAUGGAAGGAAGAAACGAUCAUAAAAAUAAGGCGAAGCUGAGAUCAGAGGCGUCGGAGAUGACCUGGAAAGUGAAGAUAGAAGAUGGCCGGAGACUCACUGAAGGUUGGAAAGAGUUUGCUCUUGCACAUGAUCUACGAGUUGGUGACAUUGUCAUUUUCAGACAAGAGAAAGACAUGUCUUUCCACGUGACACUGUUCGGACCCAGUUGUUGUGAGAUUCAAUAUGGAUCGUGUAUAGACCAAGAUAACAACCUCGAGAAGAUUCAAGAGAAGAAGAACCCAAAAAGAGAAGAAGCAGAGUCCUCUUGUUUUGUGGCUAAUGUCAGACAGGAAAGCGAUGAAGAGAGCAACCACAUAAGCUCACAGGAACGUAUAGAUAGAGAAGAUAAAAAGGGUUCAACAUCCCAAAGCAGAUUUGUGACUUUGACUAUCAGAUAUUGGGACGUCAAAAACUCUAGACUGUAUCUUCCCAUGGCUUUCACGAAGGACAAUGGUAUCAAUGUGAAAACAAAAUUGGCUCUGCUGGAUAAAAACGAUGUGAAGUGGCCUACAGAUCUGAGGUCUGAGUACAAUGGCAAAAGAAUAAGAAUGAUAGGAGGCUGGAAAAAGUUCUUCAAAGCUAACUUUUUGAAGAUGGGUGAAUCGAUCAAGUUCAAGCUGAUUUGGGAUGGAGACACAAGUUGUGUCCUUAAGUUAUGCUCCUAGGUGAAAUGUUAGCAACUAAAUGAAAUUGUAUAUGAGUUUAAUGUUUUGUCUUUUGUUUAAGUGCCAAAGACGUGAAUCAAUGACUGGCCUUACUGGUAAGGUUCAGUUGCACUAUUGUAGUAUAUUAAGUACAAGUUUCCCGUGGGAAACCUU